AUGGGUGCUACAUGCAAGUUCAGAGAAAGGGAAAGAGAUAUUAUUUCUCAAGACUCACUGCCGAGUUUGCCUGACCUCAACCCUGAUGCUGAAGGCUAAACUAACUUCCAAUAUAAAGUGUACGGUAAAAGUAAGAAUUCCAGAAAUACUGCCAAUUCUCCGGAAACAUUAGAAAGGCCUCAUUUCUUUAUAAUAUACCCAAAAAAUCAGCAUUAGCGAAAUGACUUAAUAUUACAACUAUAAGACCUUAAUCGAAAUAACAAUUAUUUUAUUGAAGAAUACUCUUAAAUGACAAGCCAAUCAUUAGAAUCUAAAUUUGAAAGUAAUUUUUCAUUGAAUGAAGUGUCUGAAGGAUCAUUCAAUGUUUUUCGUGUAUGA